AUAAAUAUUAGAUAAAAUGUUGCACAGCAGAAAUAACUCCAUGGUAACUGUUCGGCAUCUAUUCUUUGAACAAACACAAACGAUUGUAAUUAUUGGGCGUAAAAAUGAUGAAGCAUGCAGAGGUGGCAGAGAGGGGGUGGUGGAGGCUAGGUAGAGCAGGAGAGGGAGGGUAGCUGUGGAGUAUGUGACGUCUCACGCAGGCUGCCGAUCGUUUGUGAUGCUGUGGAUUUGACGGGCUUUCAUUCAAACAUUCGUUGAGAUCCUAAUCAUAAUCUCUAUGUGGUCUCUCCUCCGAUCCGUGAUGUUUUGAUACCUGCUGUGGAUCACAGACAGGAGCAGCUUGGUUUCCUGCCUGGCGUCUACAUCGUGGUGUCAGCCCUCCGCCCUCCUGCAGCCGAGAGGCAGCUGAGCGCUCCAUCAGGCCGCGGGGAAACCACUCUGUCUCCGGUACUCAGGGAUGAGGCGGGCCCGUGGAUGUGACAGUGCUGUGGGAUCCUGAUAAACCAGUCCAAUCAUCAUGCAGUGUUCUUGGAAGUCCAUGGUAUUGUUAGCAUUGGCCUCCAUAGCCAUCCAGUACACAGCCAUCCGCACCUUCUCCAGCAACCCCUUAAGCUUUCUGUGCUCUGUGGGCCUGGCACCUUCAGGUUUGACUGUCAACUGCAGCCCCAAAGAGUUGAUGCAGGUGGGCCAGGAGACACCCGUGAACUUGGAUCAUAGCUGUGAUAGAAGCCCCUCCCAUGCUAAUUCCUCCCCUUCUCUCUCCAAUCCUUCCUAUAAUGUCACCAAGAGAACCCACAUCCUCAUUCUGGCCACCACACGGAGCGGGUCCUCAUUUGUGGGUCAGCUGUUUAACCAGCAUCCAGAGGUCUUCUACCUGUUUGAGCCUCUGUACCAUGUCCAGUUGGCACUGCUUCCUCGGUUGGCACAGAGCCGAAACCUGGCUGAGAGGAGGGUCAUGCUGGGAGCAGCUCGAGACCUGUUAAGGUCUCUGUACCAUUGUAACCUCCACAGCCUGGAAAGUUACAUACAACCCCGUCCUGCUAGGCACUCCACUGACAAGCUGUUUAGACGAGGAGCUAGCCGUUCUCUGUGCUCCCCACCUGUAUGCGAGGCUCCACUGGGCUCGAAGGAGCAGGUCCUGGUGCUAGCUGAUGAGGGGGAAUGUGUGAGAAAGUGUGGGCCACUAAAUGUGUCGGUGGCUGCUGAAGUCUGCAGAGCAAAGCGCCACGCAGCCAUCAAGACUGUUCGGAUUCCCCAAGUCAGUGACCUCAGGGCGCUCAUUGAGGAUCCAAGACUCAACCUGAAGGUUGUCCAGCUUGUUCGAGAUCCACGUGGCAUCCUGGCAUCUCGUAUUGAGACCUUUCGGGAUACUUACCGGCUGUGGCGUCUGUGGAGGGCAACUGGACGUCGACCCCACAACCUGGACCUAGGACAAAUCAACACAGUGUGUGAAGAUUUCCUUCGCUCUGUGUCUGUAGGCCUGGCAAGACCCACCUGGCUCAAAGGGAGGUACAUGUUGCUGAGGUAUGAAGACUUGGCCAGGUUUCCUCUUCAAAAGACAAAGGAGCUCUAUAGCUUCCUUGGUUUGGUUCUAGACCACAAUGUGGUAGACUGGAUCAUCAACAACACUCGGGGCAGCAGUGGUCUGUCAUCCUGGCAGAAAUUCACCACAGUUCGGGAUUCUGCAGCGAAUGCUGAGAACUGGAGGGUUAAGCUGUCUUUUGAUAUGGUGGUUUACACGCAGACUGUCUGUCAACCACUUCUGGGGCUCCUUGGAUACAAGACCAUCUUCCAUCCCAGGGAACUGAGAAAUCUUUCACACUCUUUGGUGGAGGACCGGACGUUCCUCCCUUUUUUUUAAACGAAUGACAAAUAUAGUUAACUGAGGUUUAGAAAACCAGCAAGACUUGACAGAACUGUUGUAAGGGAGAGACUGUGUAGUCACAGCUGUGGUCACUCUUGUCUGUGAUGGUGGAACAGUUAUCCCUAGAUCUAUUCAAAAAUAAAAGUUCAAUAAAACAAUCAGAAAUGCUCUCCUUUACAUUAGUGUUUUCUAGUGACCUGGAGAGUUCUGGCAAUCUCUUAUUGUUGACUGCCUAAUUUAUUGAUUUAUUAAUCUGACUGAUUUUCUUUAUUAUUUUUCAUUUAACUGCUGAGCCAUUACCUACCUCAGUUACAGCUACCGCAUCAAAACCCCCAAAAUACUGUUUGGAAUAUAUUGGCUUCAUUGUGGCAAAAAUAAUACAGCUAAAUAAUUUAACCGACAAAUGUGUAGCCUGUCUGUACCUGGUUACUUAUUGUGUUUAGCCCUUAAUCACAUUUUUUACAGUCACAUGGUCACGAUCACUGCAGUGUGAUGGUGAACAGAUGGGACUUCUCUAUCAUGUGGCAACUUUCAUUUGUUUUGUUUACCUGUUUAGAGCCUUGAUUUAUUUUGGCAGUGGUGGGACUUCUAUUUUUGAGCCCUGGUCACAUCAGCUGAAGGUUCUGGCAUGCACACUAAAUUCCUUUGUCAAUUGCUAUCUUUAGACAAAAACGUUAGAAAAGUUUGAACAAUGCCAAAGAAAAAGAGCUCUAGAAACAAUAUGGAAUUCCUGCCCAAGAGUCAGGAUCUAUUGGUCAAAACUGAUUUUACUAUUCUUUAUAUUUUCAUCAGUGUUUACCUGUUUAGAGCUUUGCUCUGCAGCUACAAAUGGCUGCUAGCUUUUAAGAAGGCCUUGGUUGCUAAUGACCUGAAGUGUGCAUUUGAGGGUUAAGGGGUCAGUCUCUUAAACCAUUCUUCUUAAUAAUGUCCUCGCUGUUAUAAAUGUCUAUUCUUAGUUUGAUCGGUUUAUACAGAGCAACAUUUUUACCGUGCACAUUUUGAAGGACAGUGCUGCAACACACAUCAACUUUUUUUCCCCUUGUUAUUAAAAAUCUCAAAAUAUGAUCGAUUUUUGAUCUUUAAAUGUCAAAAUAUUCUCACUCGUUAAUAAUGUCGGUCUUCUCACUAGAUAAGUUGUCGUACAACAGUUUGUAUAUACAACAAUAGCUUGAAUGUGCCACAUGUCACAUUUCCCACAUUCACUACACACUAGACACAGAUUCUACAUUUAAUUUCCAAUCAAUUGUUAAAAUUACCUUGAAUUAAUGUAAGAAGUCAUUGUUUGUGCAGCUACAAACUAUUUUAAUAAGUUUUAAGUUUUAAAUUAAACAUAUUUGGAUUUUCUGGAA